AAUCUUAAAUUCUUUUCUGAUUUCAGAUGACAAAAGAAACCAUAAUUACUGAUGCCAUCACUUACAUUAGGGAGCUACAAACGAAUGUAAACAACCUAAGUGAGCAGCUUUUAGAAAUGGAGGCAACUCAUGGAGAGGAAUUGGAGAGAAAAAGUGAAGAGAUUCUUGAUACUGCUGAGGAGAUGGCUAACUGGGGCAUAGAGCCUGAAGUUCAAGUGGCUCACAUUGGUACAAAUAAGCUUUGGAUGAAGAUAGUCUGCCAGAAGAAAAGAGGUGGAUUUACUAAACUGAUGGAGGCAAUGAAUGUUCUUGGAUUUGAUCUCAAUGACACCAGUGUCACUGCAUCUAAAGGAGCUUUUCUUGUUACUUCAUCUGUGGAGGUGGUUCGCGGAGGACUAAUUGAUGCUCAUCAAAUCAGAGAGAUCUUGCUGGAAAUCAUCCGCGGCAUCUAGAGAAACUAGCAGCAGCAUAAGUUCCUUAUUAUUAGUAAUAUUAGUCUCAUUUGAGUGCUCUUUUACCAUAUAUUCUAAUAGGAAUUAGAUUUUUUGGAGAAAUGCCAGAGUACCUUUAACUUUUGGUUAUGAAUGUCAAAAGGAUUUAAUCAUGUUUUCCAUCAUUAAAAGAUGAAAAUCCAUUGUAUCCAAAUUGUCUGAAAA